AUGUCGGUCGCAUCGAAAGCCACCAACGCGAGCACCGGCUUCCAGUUGCUCCGCAAUCCCGACAACCCGUCACCGGAUGAAGUGAGCGCUGCACUCAAACUUGUACGCUCUGGCGGUAUCACGCAUCCACAGACUGCCACCCCAGACCGUAGCCUCAGUAUCGCGUCUGUCUGCUCACCAUCGCGCUCGAUCAAGCUCGGCAUCUACGACCCUGCUUCUUUGUCGUCGACCGCACGUCGACCAGUGAUCCUCAACUGGCACGGUAGUGGAUUUGUCGUCGACCGCUUUGGUGCCGACGCGGAUGUGAACCGAUGGCUUGUCGAUGAACUGCGCAACGUGAGCGUGGUCGAUGCAGACUAUGCGAAAGCGCCUGAGCAUCGGUUUCCUGAGGGAUUGCACGAUGCUGUUUCAGCGCUGAAAUGGGUCGUGGCUCAACCGUGGUUCGAUGGCAAUCUCGUCGUCAAAGGUCACUCUGCUGGUGCGAAUUUCGCUGUGUGCCUCGCCUCGCGUACCAUCGCGCUCUCCCUCGGUGUCACCCCAGAGGAGUACUCUCACAUCAAGGCGUGUGUAGCACUCUAUCCUCCCACUGAUUCGUCCAUCCCGCUGCACCAGAAGCCCACCAACGAACACGGCGAGCUUCCAGGUGUCCCCAUGUCACCGCUCUCGGCGCAAAUCAUGCACUUUUUCUUCGGCGCCUACCUCGGCUGGGACGCACAGACCCAGCUGCAGAUGGGCCAGGAUCCGCGUGUCAGCCCUGCAAAAGCGAGCAUCGAGAGUUUCCAAGUUCCGUGCUACAUUAUCGCGUGUGAACACGAUCCGCUGGGCCCAGAGGCCAAGGCAUUCGCCCAGAGGUUGAUGCAGAGCGAUCAGAGGCACAAGUUAUAUUGCGCACAGGGGGUGGGACAUAGUUACGAGACCAGAAUUCCAGAUGUCAGACAUGACAACGUACUCCAGAGCGCUGGUGGCAAGACCAAGGUGGAAAGCUUCCAGUUGAUGCUCGACUUUAUCAGGGACAAUGUAGACACUGUGGAAAAACAGCUCGUCAAUCCAGUGUAG